AUGAUUUCACAACUUUUUUCCAAUCGCGGUUCAGACAAACGGAAGGCACAGAUUCAUCGAAUCCUUAGGGCUACACAAAUUAAUUAUUUUAUUAACAAAAAUUAUUCAAUGCAAGUAAUCUGCACUCAAAUUAACUAUCACAAGGCCAGAGAUUUGCUUUCACUUUCCGAAUCUCUUUCUCCAACCUUGUCAAACAAAAUGGCGGAUACGGAGUCUUUGCUUCUCUUUCAACCGGUAAGCCAAAGGGAAUCUACUUCAAGAUUACCUUGGAGGUAUAAUUUGGGAGUCAUACCAUCAAAAGUUCUUUCAAUCUCAAUUGGGGCAUCAAAUGGGCAGGAGCCGGAUGGCGUCAUGACGACUCCAAGUCGAGCUGUAGCAGUUCGUGGGUCUGUGCUUACAGAAGGUCAGGGAUUCUCGUCAGGGAUUGCAAAUGUCGCCUGCCACGUGGCUGGCUAG